AUGAUGCCCAUGGCGCCGACGGCCACCGGUACGCUGAUGCCACAAACCCACCAAACAUCUCCGUCUCUUCCCAACAGGCAGGGAAGGCUUGAAGGUUUUGAGCUCUAUCAUCCGUCUUCACAAGCAGAAAGUUUGCACGGUAAAAGAUGAAGAAGCUAGCAGACCGAGCUUGGCUUGGGUGUCUUCUCGUGCUCUUGCGAGAAGUGGGUGCUUUCCAGAGUGCGGUGGCGCAGUCUGUGGCCACCGACACCAUUUCAUUGGAAGAGAGAGCUCCCCGAGAUGUUGCCAGUAUGGAACAAUGGGCGGUUGGUUGUGGUGUCCAAAAGGCUGAAGGCCUUCAGUUUUACUCGACAACAGGAGAUGGGCUGGAUGUGGCUGCCAUGACAACCCAAGAUUUGCCCGCCAACAGCCCUGCCCUGUUUGUGCCCAGUGGCAUGAUAUUGUCCAGCAGUCAAGCACAACAAGAACUGGGCCGAGUGGAAGGUGCCGAGAACCUGUUGAAUCGAUUGAACGAAGGCGACAACAUUCCCCAGUUUUACCUCUUGUUGAAGAUACUCAAAGAAUACGAAAUGGGCAGCCAGUCUCCUUACUAUUAUUGGUUGAACUCACUGCCACGAUACUUCUCCAAUGGGUCUCAAAUGACGCAUUACUGCUCUCAAUGUCUCCCUCCAUUGGUUGGCAAGCUGGCAUCCAGUGAAAGAAUCCGGUUUAGUAAGUUUUUCCAAGCUCUCAGACAUGUUCCAUUCCUCAGCGACCAAACCAAACGAAGUAGAAAGAUUGCCAAAUGGGCCUUUCAGGUGGUUUAUACCCGAAGCGUUGGAGCAAUGGAUGCCUUUGGGGAUGUCAAGAUUGCACCAAUGGCUGACAUGUUCAACCAUGGAACAGACACGGAGAUUCAACUGAGUUAUGAUGAGCAGGGGAAUUGCUAUGGAAUUACCACAUACGAUGUACCUGCUGGGUCUCCUUUGCGCAUGUCAUAUGGGGAUCCCACAAACCCUUCCUUCUUAUUUGCCCGUUACGGAUUUCUGGACGAAACCUCGCCGGCAACAUUCUGCAAAAUCAUGAUUCCAAACCCGUCACAACAACUGAUAGAUAUGGGUUACGAUCAUUCCAGAAUGCUGUUUUACAAGGACACUGGAGGGGUAUCACAGGAAGUUUGGGAUGUGCUGCUAUAUCAAAUCCUUGAGUUUGACCCACAACAACAACAAUCAUUUUACCAAGCUCAUAUGAGUGGUGAUAGCGAGACCAAACAGUCCUUUCAUCAACACUAUGCCGCGGAAACAUCUGCCAUGCUGCUCAAUCACGUUGACACUUUCCUCAGCGAGCUUGACACAUUGCAGGCCAAAGCGGAGCUAAGAAGACGAAGGAAAUCAAGCAAACAUCCUCGUGUUCCUCUCAUUAUGAGCCACAAUCAGUUUGUCCGCAACACAUUCUUGAAGGUUAGAGAGCAACUGCAAUAUAGGUAGUUAGUUGAGACAUCCUCUGAGCGAUCUGCAGUAAAUAGUUUUGAACCUUAUUUAUUUGUCGAAGUUAACUCACCUACCCGCCGACGGGAAGGAUUGUACAUGAGGGUAUCACCUUACGCC